AUGAAGCCACGGCUCUGGACAAUCUAUCAGCUUCUUCUCCUAUACACACUUGAUUUCACAAAUGGUCACCUUGGUUCAAGGGAUGUUGCGUCUUCGGCAGAAGGUAUAGAAUUGGCAAAGGAGGUCUCUGAGCCUUCCUCCAGCCAAGCACCGAACAAACCUGUGGUCGAUGGCGUUGGGACAAAGGAUGCACCAUUCGACGGCAAAGAUGGUAGACCUCACCUUGGUCCUUUCGUAGAAACAAGUGCCGAGCGAGAUCGAAAGAAAGCAAAGGAAAGCGGCGACGAGGUUUCAACUAAGACACCUGCGAAGGAUGCCACAAAAGGGAGUACGGGCGAUGCGGUACCGGCGUCUAACGAUGGAGUGAUGGAUGAUCCAAAUAGGAGGGGGCCGAAAGAGGGUACGAGGGGCACUGAGGGUGGAAUCACCGAGAAGACUAAGGACGGCAAGGAGGACAAGAAAGACACUCCUGAGAAGAAGCCAGACCCGCCCAAGGAAGCACCACCUUUACCUCAAAGCGAACAAAAGACUCUAGAAAAGCAGACUGGCAAGGAAGACGACAAGAAGCCGAAAGAGGGCACCACACCAGAUCCUGACAAGAAAAAGGAUGAAGGCAAGAAAGACGACAAAGGCAAAGGCAUAGGAGGUCUUGAAAAACCAGCCGACCUUCCCAAAAAGCCUCACGACAUCCCACCCCCAACUCCUCCCACAUCGAAGAAGAACGACCCCCUUGCAAUACUUAAGCCUUACACAGAUGCCUUACCUUCAUUCAGCGUUCCAACAAGCGCCUCCAUCAUACAGCCUCUUCAUUCCUUCGUCCUCUCCCUGACCAUGAUCCUGUUCUCCGAGAUUGGUGACAAAACCUUCCUCAUCGCGGCCCUCAUGGCUAUGAAGCAUCCUCGAUUUGUCGUCUAUAGUGCCGCCUUGACGGCUUUGAUAGCCAUGACUAUCCUCUCUGCAGUUCUUGGCCACGCUGUUCCUCAAUUGAUACCGAAGCGAUUAGUCAAUUAUGCAGCAGCAGCGCUCUUCCUCAUCUUCGGAGCAAAGAUGUUGCGAGAGGGAUUUGCAAUGCGACCAGAUCAGGGCGUCAGCGAAGAGAUGAGGGAGGUAGAGAUGGAGCUCGCAGAGAAAGAGGAGCUUGCUCGAAAGAUGGGCCGGCGGCGAUCUUCUAUAUCCCCCUACAUGAUCGAAGCCGGCCGGAUCGAUUCGCGAAAAACUCGAUCAAGCACUCGUCUCCCUGCGCCCCCCGACUCUCCUCCCUCUCCUGAUUCACGAAGCCCAUCUCCAAGCUCACAGUCCUCCGUGUCGGGCUUUCUUGUGGGCAUCAACAAUUUGCUAUCUCUGCUUCUGAGCCCAGCGUGGGUCCAGACUUUCAUCAUGACUUUCUUAGGCGAAUGGGGUGAUCGGAGCCAGAUAUCAACCAUUGCAAUGGCUGCUGGCCAAGAGUAUUGGUGGGUGACAGGCGGGGCAAUCGUAGGCCAUGGUAUCUGUACCGCGGUCGCUGUAGUUGGAGGCAGGGCCAUUGCUGGCAAAGUCAGCUUACGAAUGGUCACCCUUGGAGGCGGUGGUGCAUUUGUGGUAUUUGGGAUCAUCUACUUAUUCGAAGCGAUGUAUACUUAG